AUGUCGCAAACCCAAGUCGACCAUACCGACUCCAUCAGAGAAGAAGACCCUCACAACGACGGGCCUCCCAAAAAGCAAAAAAGCAGACGCCCAGCAAACACCGCGUUCCGCCAACAACGGCUGAAGGCAUGGCAACCUAUUCUCACCCCCAAAACCGUCCUUCCCAUCUUUUUCGCAAUCGGGAUCAUCUUCGCGCCCAUCGGCGGUGUUCUCCUAUGGGCGAGCGCAAAUGUCCAAGAGUUGAUUAUCGACUAUACCGACUGCAACUCGACCGCAACCUCUGAAUUCCAACCUAUUCCAGACAACAAGGUCUCGGCAUCCUUCAAAUCCUCCAACAGCACGGUGCGGCCACAGUGGAGGAGGACGUUGAACACGACCACACCACCAUACAGUGUUGAGAUUGAAAACACCCCAGUCUGCACGCUUCAAUUCUCCAUUCCAAACGAUAUCGGACCGCCCGUUUACCUCUACUACCGACUGACGAACUUCUACCAAAACCAUCGGAGAUAUGUCAAGUCUCUUGAUACAGAUCAACUCAAGGGACAAGCUCUGAGCAAUAGCACCAUCCAUUCCAGCUCUUGCACCCCUUUGAAACUGGACCACCAUGGUAAAGCCUACUACCCUUGUGGGUUGAUCGCCAAUUCCAUCUUCAACGAUACUCUCAAUUCUCCGGUUGCGGUUAACGUCGCCGGCGGUCAAUCAAGCCAACAAUACCGCAUGACGAAUCACAGUAUUGCUUGGGGCUCUGAUGGCUCGCUGUACAAGAAAACCAAGUACACGAAUGAUCAAGUGUCUCCUCCGCCGAACUGGCGAACGCGAUACCCCGAUGGCUAUACCGAUGAACACCCAAUUCCAGACUUGUCUCACUACGAAGAAUUCCAGGUGUGGAUGAGAACGGCAGGCUUGCCGACAUUCAGCAAACUUGCUCUACGCAAUGACCACGAUACCAUGACUGCCGGGAUUUAUCAGAUGGACAUAUAUGACUUCUUUCCCGUUCAGCUUUAUGACGGCACGAAGAGUAUUUUGCUCUCGACCAGGACCGUUGUCGGAGGCAAGAACUCUUUCUUGGGUAUCGCUUAUAUCGUGGUCGGCGGCGUAUGCAUCGUUCUGGGGGCCCUUUUCGCCGUUGCAAAUCUCAUCAAGCCCAGGAAACUUGGCGAUCAUACUUAUUUGUCCUGGAACACCGACAAUGCGGCCACGGCUACUUCGACCGGGCGGGAUAUCAGACCUGGAAGCACUUGA